AUGGCCGUCAAGGUGGUCCGGGGCCUGGAUUUGGCUUCGAAGCUCUUUGCCCCUGGUUUCUCAGCAUCACUGGUCUGUUCUGUACCUACUGCUGGAUCUAGAGGGAGUAUUGGGGGAGUUGAGGUCUUCAAGCUCGAUGUGUCGCUUCAACUGGUGGAUGAUGAUGUGAACGGUCGGACAGCUCUGCAAGACACAAGCUAUCAUCGAGGUAAUGACCCUGCCGACGUCGCUGGGCUCUUCGUCGAUGCCUUCGUCGCCUGGAUCAGUCCACCGUUAACAUUCAUUCGACGAGUAAGGGGGCGGAAUAGAUCAUUUUGGAUUCCAGAUAUAGUCAGUCUGCUUAUGGAGGGUACUUAUGGGAUGGAGCGAGGCCUCACAGAUCGCACGGUCGCAGAUAGGGGUCCGCCACGGUGGGAUGCGCCGGGUGUUCUCCAGUGCUGGACCGCUAGGCCAUCAAGACACCAUACCUACGAGAGACACGACUACGCCUUUGACCACGAGCAAGAAAAGGAUAUGGUGGUCUAUGGGAUGACCUGCUAA